GGGGCUGUGCCCGCCAUGGAGCCGCGGUGCCCGCCGCCGUGCGGCUGCUGCGAGCGGGUAGUGCUCAACGUGGCCGGGCUGCGCUUCGAGACGCGGGCGCGCACGCUGGACCGCUUCCCGGACACGCUUCUCGGGGACCCAGCGCGCCGCAGCCGCUUCUACGACGGCGCGCGCCGCGAGUACUUCUUCGACCGGCACCGGCCCAGCUUCGACGCCGUGCUCUACUAUUACCAGUCUGGCGGGCGGCUGCGGCGUCCGGCGCACGUGCCGCUCGACGUCUUCCUGGAGGAGGUGGCCUUCUACGGGCUGGGCGCAGCGGCGCUAGCGCGCCUCCGGGAGGACGAGGGCUGCGCCGCGCCGCCCGAGCGCCCUCUGCCCCGCCGUGCCUUCGCACGCCAGCUAUGGCUGCUCUUCGAAUUCCCCGAGAGCUCGCAGGCCGCACGUGUGCUGGCUGUCGUCUCCGUGCUGGUCAUCCUCGUCUCCAUCGUUGUCUUCUGCCUCGAGACGCUGCCCGACUUCCGCGACGACCGCGACAGCCCGGGGCUUGCUGCAGUGGCCGCCGCUGGCCCGUUUCCUGCUCGGCUGAAUGGUUCCAACCUGGUGCCUGGACCCCUGCCCCGCAUGCCCUUCGAUGACCCGUUCUUUGUGGUGGAGACACUGUGCAUCUGUUGGUUCUCCUUCGAGCUGCUGGUGCGUCUGAUGACAUGCCCGAGCAAGGCAGCCUUCUUCAAGAACGUGAUGAACCUCAUCGAUUUUGUGGCUAUCGUACCCUACUUUGUAGCACUGGGCACGGAGCUGGCCCGGCAGCGGGGGGUGGGCCAGCCGGCCAUGUCACUGGCCAUCCUGCGAGUCAUCCGACUGGUGCGUGUUUUCCGCAUCUUCAAGCUUUCCCGGCACUCGAAGGGACUGCAGAUUUUGGGCCAGACGUUGCGGGCCUCCAUGCGUGAGCUGGGCCUCCUCAUCUUCUUCCUCUUCAUUGGUGUGGUCCUCUUCUCCAGCGCAGUCUACUUUGCUGAGGUCGACCGAGCGGACACCCAUUUCACCAGCAUCCCUGAGUCCUUCUGGUGGGCAGUGGUCACCAUGACCACAGUUGGCUAUGGAGACAUGGUGCCCGUCACUGUGGGUGGCAAGAUUGUGGGGUCUCUGUGCGCCAUCGCUGGCGUGCUGACCAUUUCCCUGCCUGUUCCAGUCAUUGUCUCCAACUUCAGCUACUUUUACCACCGGGAGACAGAGGGCGAAGAGGAAGGGAUGUUCAGCCAUGUGGACACACAGCCCUGUGGCAUACUGGAGGGCAAAGCCAAUGGGGGGUUAAUGGAUGGAGAGGUGCCUGAGCUACCACCUCCACUCUGGUCCCCCCCUGGGAAACACCUGGUCACUGAAGUGUGAGGGACAGUUGAGGCCUCUGGAACCUCACACCUCCUUGGAGGGAGGGAGGGAAGGGAAGAGGGAAAGACCAGGGGGAGGGGGUUGGGUUUAGGAAGAAGUAGGUUAGGUGGUAUUGAGUGGGGGAACACAGAUUCUUGUUGGGUCUUGGAGUUGUGUGGUAACAAACUUGAGAGCAAUGGGUUUGGUUUUGGGUUUGGUGAGGACCUCCUUAGGUGGCAAUGAAUGGCAAUGGGUUGUGUCCAGUUGAAUUGUUGCAUCUCUGUGUAGGUGACUCCAUUGGUUUGUAUUGCAUUGGGUUAUGCAAGGCUUGUGGGGCUCUUUGGGGUAGAGUUGAGAUAGGUUUGGUCAUAUGGUUGUAUGAAUUUCCUAGGUCCAUGUUGGGUUGUGUUGGAUUGUGAGUCUGAGUCUUGUCAAACUGUAUUGUGCAGAUUCUGUGGUUUUGAGUCCCCUAGGCUACUAACCAAAAGGUCAGCAGUUCAAAUUCUCCAGCUGCUCCUUGGAAACCCUAUGAGGCAGUUCUGCUCUGUCCUAUAGGGUCACUAUGAGUCAGAAUCGACUCAACAGCAAUAGGUCUUGUCUCUGGUCAGGGCCAUGUUGGGUUAAGUUAGGUGGUCACCCAUGGCACUGUUGCGAUUGAUCACAUGGUUACACAUUGCAUUGUUGAGUUGGAUUGACACACGUUGGCAAUUGCUCAGCUUUAUGAUUCUUCUAGGGCCGUGUUAUUUUAGGUUCUGCGAAGUCAUGUAGAAAUAGGAAAAGUCAAGUGAUACAGUGUGAGCUUUCUAGGUCACCCUGGACUAAGGUGGAUUGGAAGAUAUACCUGUGUGAGUCUUUUAGGGUUCUGUUAGAUUGAGUAGUGUAGAGUUAUGUGUAUGGAAGUCUUUCAGGGCCACAACUGAGUUGAGCUAUAUUGAGUGGUAUAAUCAUGUGAGUCUCGUAGGGCCAGUUCAGUAGGGUCAUAUGAUUGACUUGAAUUACAUUGAGUGUGUCAUUGUAUGAGUCCUGUAGGAAUGUUGGAUUGAGCUUUACUGUAUGUAUGUAUGAGUUCUGUAGGGCCAUGUUGAGUUGUUUAGGAUUUAGCUGUAGCACCAGGACCCAAGGAUAACAACAUAGGGGAGGAAUUAUGGAUGGGGGAGUAAGCAUGGCGUUGUGGGCCCUGAGAAGAUAUGCCAACUGGCUUAGCCAGCGUAACUCCAUAAGGGAGCAAGGUUGGAUUCUGUAUUUGUGGAUUCAGCUAUUCAUCCGGAGAGGCGCUGGGUGAACCAGGGAAAUGUGGACACUCCUUCCAUUCACACAACCUGCUUUGUUUUGCCAUUCAAAACCCUUCUCUAUCUGUCCUUCUCUGCAUUUUUGCUCUCAGAUAAGGAGAUUAGGGCCACGGGAAGAGGGAGAGGAGAGAAUACUGUUUGUACCCUGUUUAGACAUGAUGGGGGCACAGACACCAAAAGCAGGAUACAGGGACCCACAGAGGUAUUGAAUUAGAGAGAGAAGAAGGGACAGAAAUUCAGAGAGGAGGAACAGAGACCAAAGAGAGAGGGACAGAGACCUAGAGUAAGAGGAGGGAGAGAGACCCUGAGAAAGGGGAAUAAAGACCCAGAGAGAGAGGGGGACAGAGACCUAGAAAGAGACGGGAACAGAGACCUGGAGAGAGAGGAGGACAGACAGUCAGAGAGAAAGGGGAACAGGGACCCAGAGAGACAGGGACAGACACCCAGACAGAGAGAAGAGGACAGAGACCCAGAAAAAAGGGGAUAGAAAUUCAAAGAGAGAGGCGGACAGAGACCAAGUUUGGAGGAUAGAGACCCAGAGGGGGGUGUGAGACCCAGAGGGGGGUGUCAUGCACCAGAGAAUGACAGACACCCAGAGAUGGAGACAGAUCAUAGAGGCCCCAGAGAAAGAGAACCAAAAGAGGAAAAGGCAGAAAAAGUCAAUACCCCUAAACCCAAGAGAAAGACACAGAUUCUCGAUUUUACAAAACUAUAAAGAGAUCCUACACCAGGGUCUGUCGCCCAAUCUCCCCACAGCUCAGGAAAGCUGUCAGCCACACUGGGUAUCUCAUCUGCUUUCCAGGGGAGAGACCCAAGUGUCAGAGAAAGGGAGAGGCUUUCCAAGGUCGCAGAGCAAGUCGCCAGGGCCGGAACUUGUGGCAGGCUGCCUGACUCCACAUGCCCCCAUCCGCCUGGGACACCCAUGGCCUCUCAAGUUCAGUAGCCUCAUUUCUGGCAGAUAAAGAAAUUGAGGCACAGAGGGAGGGGUGUUACCUAAGGUGGCAAAGCCAAAUUUUUUCAGAGCAAAAAGGGCAUUUGGAGGACAAUGAUAAUAAUGGUGAUGUCGAUGGUUAUAAUCACUAACACAUACAGGGCUUCCUACGUACCAGGCAUCAAUCGAAGGACUUGUAUUAAUUUAUUAAACUCAUCCAGUGGUUUACAGAGUA